AUGGAGAAUAACGUCAUGAGACAUGAGGUAUGGGGAUCUUUGAGAGAUGGAGAUCUUCAAGAAGAUGAUGUAUGGGAUGUUCUUGAUGGAUAUUAUCAAUCAUCGUUCAUGAUCAGCAGCCAUACGACUAAGCCCUCUUUCUCAACCCAGAGUUUACUUCCAAGCGAACCUAGAAUGAUCCCUCAGAGGCAGGGCAAAGAAGGAAUGGCACCUAUGAGACAAUACUCGGCUCCUGUCAAUGCCCCUGACUGGUCAAUGGUUCAGAGAAUGAAGACAAAGAAGAACGUAGAUGACGAUGACGAUGAUGAUAAUGAUGGUGAUGAUGAUGAUGAGAGUGUGUCACCGGAGGAGUAUUUUCUGCGGCGCAGUCGAUCAUCGUCGUCUUCGGUUAUGGAAGGAGUUGGAAGGAAAUUGAAAGGAAGAGACUUGAGCAACGUUAGGAAUGCAGUGUUGAAGAAAACUGGAUUUCUUGAAUAG